AUUUUCACCCCAGCCUUUGGAUCAGAAACUAAGGUCAGAAUAAAUAGUAACAUGAAAACUGAAGAAGUAAUAAAACAACUUCUCCAAAAAUUUAAGAUUGAGAACAGUCCUCAGGAUUUUGCUCUUUACAUUAUUUUUGCAUCAGGAGAGCAGAGACGCCUAAAGAAGACAGAUGUUCCACUCCUGCAGAGGCUUCUACAAGGACCUUCCAAAAAUAAUGCCCGCCUUUUCCUCAUGGAUAAAGAUGCAGAAGAAAUUAGCAGAGAUGUGGCUCAAUACAUUAACUUUCAUUUUACUUUCUUGGAAUCCAUUCUUCAAAAGUUAAAUGAAGAAGAGAAAAGAGAUAUUCAAAGAACAAUAACAAAGUUCAAUACUGAGAAGGCCAUUAUAUUAAAAUAUCUUCAAAGUAAACAGUUAGUAAGAACAGAGACAACAGUUUAGCAAUACAUCUCCAUUGCUAAAACAUUACAACAUAGAGUGUUUACUAUUUCAUGAAUACCUUAGAUCUGUACUUGCAUUCAAAUAUAUAAUGACCUUGAAUCUGUAGAAAAUUGAAUGCCGAAAAGGCUUAUUUCUCUUAGUGAGGAAGCUAACUAGGGUUCACAGUUGGACUGAAAAUGACAUUGAACCUAGUCUCAGUAACUGAAAUAAACUUGGUUACUGUGUAUUCCAAGAAUCUUUACAGUAAAGCAUGCAAUGAUCGUGAAUUUAAGUGGCCUUUUCCAAUACCAUGCAGUUUAAACUUCUUGUAGCUUGAACUCUCAAGACAACCAGAACAUCACUGAUGGACUCAGAAAUGUCUGGAAGUAAAAGCUUCCAGUUAAUGAAGUAAACUAGAAGCACAUUCUUACACCAUCAAAGAACUUAUGGAGAUAGUGUUCCACAGCUUCUUGAACUCUGGCAUUUUCAUAAAAUUUAGAAAUAUAUUUAUAUGGGUUUAUGACUUUUGACUCUGUGACAUCAGAGCUAUCUGUCCUUCAGAAAGGAAAAAAUUUUGGACUCUGUUAAGAAAUCUUAAUCCCAGUUUUCCCAGUGUGGGCUUUUCUUUUUUCCCUCCUCUCUGUUUACUGAUGACUUUCAAAACUAUUUUUAAGCUGUUUUAAAAGUAAAUUGAGCUCAUUUUCUUUAUUUUUCAGACAGCUGUAUCACAGAGACUUAAUGCAUGGACUAGUUAAGACAAGUC